CUCGGCUCAUGAGCACUGUGGGGCAGGAGCCUCUGCGAGAGGGCGACGCUGGAUUUCUUCUUCCUUUCCCCUUUGGGAGAAUCUCUUUGCAACUCGUGGAGCUGUUCUGGUGUGUCAGCUACUCUGACUGCAGCGGUGCUCUCGGAGAAGUUAGUGCCUUCUUACGCUCCCGGCUUUUUAUCUCGCUCUUAAUGAAAAGAGGAAGUGGACCGGAUCGAAUCAAAUCGAGCUGAAGCCUGUGCUGCUCUCGCGGUCGCUGCUCCCGGAGGAUCUGCUCACCGCGCUCGUGGGCGUGUGGCUGUUCUGGUCAGCGUCUGCCAACAGGGGCUGCUUCUGGCAGGGCUGCACCUGAGUUACCGCAAGUUUCUGUGCGUCUCGGGUGAAACCUGCAACAGAGAUGGACACCGAAGGCUUUGGAGAGCUCCUGCAGCAGGCAGAGCAGCUCGCAGCUGAGACAGAGGGCAUCUCCGAGCUCCCACAUGUGGAGCGCAACCUGCCAGAGAUCCAGCAGGCUGGGGAGCGUCUGCGCUCCCGCACUCUGACCCGCACUUCCCAGGAGACUGCGGACGUUAAGGCGUCUGUUCUUCUUGGGUCCAGAGGGCUUGAUAUAUCUUAUAUCUCUCAGCGACUCGAGAGUCUAAGUGCAGCCACUACAUUUGAGCCUCUUGAACCCGUGAAGGACACUGACAUCCAGGGAUUCCUGAAGAAUGAAAAAGAUAAUGCCUUGCUGUCAGCUAUUGAAGAGUCCAGGAAAAGGACCUUUGCUAUGGCUGAGGAGUAUCACCGAGAAUCAAUGCUGGUUGAAUGGGAACAGGUGAAGCAAAGGAUUCUUCAUACCCUGCUGGCAUCGGGGGAAGAUGCUCUCGAUUUCACCCAGGAAAACGAGCCCAGCUAUGCUGGUGAGUCGGGCCCUCCAGGUCGCAGCUCGCUGGACAGCGUGGAGAUGGCAUAUGCUCGGCAGAUUUAUAUUUAUAACGAGAAGAUAGUGAACGGACAUCUGCAGCCUAACCUGGUGGACCUUUGUGCUGCUGUUGUAGAGUUGGAUGAUAAGAACAUCUCUGACUUGUGGGCCAUGGUGAAACAAAUGAUCGACAUUCGCCUGGUUUCUGCUAGCGACGUCUUGAAAGUCCGGACCAACUUGGAGGUGCGCAUGGACUUCGUGAGGCAGGCUCUGCACUACCUCGAACAAAGUUACAAAAAUUACACCUUCAUGACUGUCUUUGGAAACCUGCACCAGGCUCAGCUGGGUGGAGUUCCAGGGACCUACCAGCUGGUCCGCAGUUACCUGAACAUCAAACUGCCUGCGCCUGUCCCUGGUCUCCAGGAUGGUGAGGUGGAAGGCCACCCUGUCUGGGCACUGAUCUACUACUGCAUGCGCUGCGGAGAUCUGAAUGCGGCCAUGCAUGUGGUGAAACGGGCACAGCACCAGCUGGGAGAGUUUAAAACCUGGUUUCAGGAAUACAUGCACAGUAAAGAUAGAAGAUUAUCUGCUGCCACAGAAAAUAAGCUACGUCUCCAUUACAGACGAGCUCUGAGGAACAACACUGACCCGUAUAAGAGGGCUGUUUAUUGUAUUAUUGGCCGUUGUGACGUUACAGAUAACCAGAGUGAAGUUGCUGAUAAAACGGAAGAUUAUCUUUGGCUAAAACUGAACCAAGUGUGUUUUGAUGACGAUGGUGCAAGCUCUCCGCAAGACCGAUUAACAUUAUCACAGUUCCAGAAGCAGCUGCUAGAGGACUAUGGUGAAUCACAUUUUGCAGUGAACCACCAGCCUUUCCUCUACUUCCAAGUAUUGUUCUUGACAGCACAGUUCGAAGCUGCGAUUGCUUUUCUAUUUCGGACAGAGCGUUUGCGUUGUCAUGCUGUUCAUGUUGCUUUGGUCCUGUUUGAGUUAAAAUUGCUCCUGAAAUCUUCUGGGCAGAGCGCACAGCUAUUAAGCCAUGAGGCUGGUGACCCUCCCGCUGUUAGGCGUCUCAAUUUUGUGCGGCUUCUGAUGCUUUAUACCCGGAAAUUUGAAUCAACUGAUCCAAGAGAAGCCCUGCAGUAUUUUUACUUUCUCAGGAACGAGAAGGACAGCCAAGGAGAGAAUAUGUUCUUGCGUUGUGUUAGCGAACUAGUAAUCGAAAGCAGAGAGUUUGACAUGAUUCUUGGAAAGCUGGAAAAUGAUGGUAGUAGAAAGCCGGGAGUGAUAGACAAGUUUAAUAGUGACACAAAACCUAUCAUUAACAAAGUGGCUUCUGCAGCAGAAAAUAAAGGAUUGUUUGAAGAAGCUGCAAAACUAUAUGACCUUGCAAAGAACCCCGACAAAGUUUUAGAACUGAUGAACAAGCUCCUCAGCCCCGUCGUUCCCCAGAUCAGCACUCCCCAGUCGAACAAAGAGCGGUUGAAGAACAUGGCCCAUUCGAUUGCGGAGAGGUACAAAGCUCAGGGGAUAAGUGCGAAGAAAUCCAUUGACUCCACGUUCUACCUUCUGCUAGACUUAAUCAUGUUUUUUGAUGAAUAUCAUGCCGGUCACAUUGAUAGGGCCUUUGAUAUUAUCGAACGCCUAAAGCUUGUACCUCUUAGCCAAGAUUGCGUGGAGGAGAGAGUUGCAGCCUUCCGGAAUUUCAGUGACGAAAUCAGGCACAAUUUAUCCGAGGUCCUGCUUGCAACCAUGAAUAUUUUGUUCACCCAGUAUAAGCGGAUGAAAGGCACAAGCCCUGCCACUCCUGCCAGACCCCAGCGCGUAAUGGAAGACAGAGAUUCGCAACUUCGAUCUCAAGCUCGUGCACUGAUAACGUUUGCUGGAAUGAUCCCUUACAGAACGUCUGGAGACACAAAUGCAAGACUGGUGCAAAUGGAGGUCCUUAUGAACUAGCAGAGCAGCUUUUCGUAGGGUUGCAGCAACCUGUGCCUGUCAUUAGUGCGUUCAGGGGUGGGACCAGUGCCAUUUUGUAUUCUGUAUUUUUGUUGAUGGAAAUAAAUUUCUUUGAUUUCUA